AUGGAUCUUGGAGGUUCAGAUUCAUCGUCACCGCGUGAAGAGGCGCGGCGACUUUGGCCAUGCUCUUGUGGUUUUUUUGAUGGAAUCUGUCAAAGUUAUGGUAUAAAUGGAAGGAAAUUAAAGUCAUAUUCCCUUCUUACUUUGCUUUUUAAAUCUGAAGCUUUAUAUCUUCUCCACACGUGUUAUGUAGGAUUACUUGUUGCGUCACAUCCUGAUGGAGAUAUCUCAUUUUCUCCAGCAUUUGUAUAUUGGCUGCCAUCCUUGUGGCUUAUAAAGCCACUAUUCGCACUGCUGGAUGAUUAUAUGGAUCGUAUUUUACAACUGUUUGCAGAUUGUUGCCGUCGUAUAAACGGGGUUCAUGAUACUACCAUGCCACCAUCUGCAAGAAAUCGCAGUGUUAUGGAUUCAUUAGUGGAUCUUAAUCGUCAUGCCAAUCUACUAUUAUGUCUGUCUCAUAUAGGGAUCGUAACACUGCUACCCGCGGUAAUGGUCUACUCGUACCUCCAUCCUUUAAGUGGUGGUUGUGGGCCGUAUUUGGUUACUGCACUUGCAUUAUGCCAGAUAGCAUCUGGAGCUGUUAGUGAUGGUGUUUUUUGUCGUUAUGCGCAAUGUAAUAAUGAGCUUUCUGAGGUACAAUUCGCAUCAUUGCGGUUGUUGUUCAUUACCGGUUACGGCGUAUGGAACAUGCUGAGCGUGUUCAUGCCUUAUCCAAGAACUACCGAUAUUUUAAGCUCAUUCAUGGCCUUAGUCAACCUGGUGCCGUGUUUCCUCCUGGGUAAUAGCAUAUGUGUGCUAUGGGUACUUUUAUGUGACCCUGGUAGCUACGAGGAAGCCGUGGAUAUGAAUAAACGGGCAAAGACUUCCUGGUCACCAAAGGUGGCAUUUGCAUUCGUAGCACUCAUGAUAAUGGCUAUGGCGGUACGUCACCCAUACGACUGUGUAUUGUUGCGCGUAUCUGAUUUUCAACCGGUCACUGUGAUAUCCUUGCUUGUGUUAACGGUGACGGUGAAGGUUAUUGUUAGUUGUAUUUUAGCACGUUAUGUAAGUUUGAAUAGGAUGCUAGUUAUCGCGAAAUAUGUAUUUCUAGCAUGCUUAGUGGUUAAUUGCGGGGGACCACGAAUAUUACCGGUCCCAUCACAGGAAUCCAGUAUCUGGUAUAUUAGCUUAGUGGCGGUGCUGUCUACAGUGCUGCAUCAAGUCCUCAUGACGUUCGGUCUUGUAAUGAGUGUGCGUAGCGCUCCACGAGGCUGGGAAGCUACUGUAACGUCGCUAAGUGAUUUGAGUUUGGAUGUCGUUACAUACGCACACAGGAAUUAUAUAUCACCAAGAAAGGCGGCAUUGCAUCUUAUGCGUUACGACAUACUAGUAGAUAGUUUAACUGUGUUUUUCUGCCUAUACAGUUUGUUCAUCAUUUUCGGCAAAACUGAGAUGGCGACGUUGCUUCAGAAAGAAUCUCUAGAUUCUGUCCCUUCACCCCAAGCGGUACUACCAUUGCCGAUACACUCUGGGGAUUAUCCCUCCCCAAGUCAGCUAGUUCUGGGGGAUAUGCACGUAAAUAUCCCAUCUAGCGUUGUUAACGCUCGCCAUGGGUUAGAAAAACCCGACGAAGACAAGUCGCCUUGGGCGGCUGAGAGUGACGAUUUUGACAGGUCAGGCUGA